CGGUCGUUGAUCUCAUCAGUGAUUCUCUCUCUCUUUCUCUGUUUUUAUUCUCAGCUGCUUAGUAGCAAAUUGCUUUUUUGUAAGCCUUUGUAGUAGAUAGAUUGAUAUUUUGAGAACGAAGGAAGAUGUUCCGAGUGAGUAACAACUUGAUCGGAAUUCUGAACUUCGUGGUCUUUUUGUUCUCGGUUCCGAUCUUCGGAGGUGGAAUAUGGCUGGCAAACAGAGCGAGCACCGACUGCGAGAAGUUCCUCGAGAAACCCAUUAUUGCUCUGGGGGUGUUUCUCAUGUUGGUGUCUCUUGCCGGACUCAUCGGUGCGUGCUGCAGAGUCUCAUGGCUUCUCUGGGUUUAUCUCUGCGUGAUGUUCUUCCUCAUCSUUCUUCUUUUCUGCUUCACGAUCUUCGCUUUCGUUGUGACUAACAAGGGAGCAGGAGAGGUUCUGUCGGGCAAAGGGUACAAGGAUUAUAAAUUGGGGGACUAUUCAAAUUGGUUGCAGAAGAGGGUUAACAACAACAAAAACUGGAACAAGAUCAAGAGUUGCUUGAUGGAUAGCCAUGUCUGCAAUAGCCUUAGCGAUGCCACCGACACAGUUGAACAGUUUUAUGCUCGGCACUUAUCUUCGAUCCAGUCGGGAUGCUGCAAGCCUCCAACGGAAUGCAAUUUCCAAUAUGAGAGACCAACGGUCUGGAACAAAACAAACACAACAAGCACCCUAACUGAUUGUACUGCUUGGGACAACCCCGCCGGAGAGCUGUGCUUCAACUGCGACUCUUGCAAGGCCGGAGUGCUGGACAACCUCAAGAAGGAUUGGAAGAAAGUUGCCGUUCUCAACAUUAUCUUCCUCAUCUUCCUCAUCAUUGUCUACUCCAUUGGUUGUUGUGCUUUCAGGAACAACAGAGAGGACAAUUACUAUUCUGGAUGGAGGAAGAGAUACCCUUAGACCAGUGUAGAGACUAGACUAGGAAGGGAAGGAUUUGCAGUAUAUCUUCGUUUAUUUCACUAGCUUCUUGAUGUGUUCAUCUACCUUAUUUUGCUCAUUUCUUCAUUUCUUUUCGUGUAUAGACAUCUGUAUAUUAGUUUGAUCAGACUUGUCAUUUGUGUCUUAAGCUUCUACCCAUAUUGGUGCUUGAAAUUCUUUCAAUCCAAAUAACUGCUUGUUUUGUUCA